CUACUCUGUAUACAGAUAAAUGGUUUUAGGUUAUAUUUUGAUGCACUGUCGUAUACAACAUUAACUUCUCUAUUACAAUUAUUACAAAGUUUCGGAAAUAAUAUUGCAUCAGUAUUAACUGACAUUAAAAUUAGGAUUUUGGAGAGGUGAAAAAUUUUGGUACUUCUGAGCAAAUCAAUCAUGGAAAAUGAUAUUUCUGCACUAUCUGUGAAUGAUGAUCCAUUCCAUGAGUAUGGACCUUGUAAAUCGUGUAUCAAAGAAUUACCUAAUGCAGAAUUAUUAACUUUGGUUAUAAAAUGUACCAAUUUUGCAGCAAUAAAACACAAAGAUCAAAGAAGGAAGGACCCAGAGAAAACACCAUAUAUAAAUCACCCUAUAGGUGUUGCAAAUAUAUUGAUUCAAAUUGGUAACAUUCAUGACCCAGUUGUAAUUUUGGCAGCUCUAUUACAUGAUACGGUAGAAGAUACAGAUACUACGUUCGAAGAGAUAGAAAAUGAAUUUGGUAGCGAGGUUUGUAAUAUUGUUAAAGAAGUAACCGAUGACAAGAACUUAUCGAAAGCAAAGCGAAAAAGGUUACAAAUUGAAAAUGCUCCUAAACGAAGUCACAAAGCUAAAUUGGUUACCUUGGCAGAUAAAUUGUAUAACUUAAAAGAUCUUCAGAGAGCAACGCCAGCUGGUUGGUCACCAGGAAGAGUAAAAGAAUAUUUUAAGUGGGCAAAAGCUGUAAUAGAUGGAUGUCGUAAGACUAAUUUUCAACUGGAAAAGGAACUAGAUAUAAUUUACGCAAAUCGAGUAGCUCAGGAUAGAGAAACUUGUGGAUGUAAACGAACACCAAUGCCGAAAUGUUCUUAAUUCAUUAUUCAAUAAAUUUCAGAAUGAUUUAAAAUAUUGGAAAAAAUAACAAAAUAUAAUAA